AUGGUUCUCGAUUGCCAGUGCCACCGGCAUCCCUGGGCUCCUAAGGCGGCAGCAGGUGGUUUGCACGGGCACAUUCCCCGAGACGUGCACAUCACAAAAGUGCCCAAAUUGUGCCGGAUGGAGGCUGAUGGAGGACCUUGCAGGAGUCAUCUAAGAAGAUACGCCUUUAACUUGAGCUCGAUGAAGUGCGAGGAGUUCAUCUAUGGGGGCUGCUAUGGAAAUGGCAACAACUUCAGAGAUUUGCAGUCUUGUGUGGACCACUGUCUGCCAGAGAAAACUGGUCCCUUGCUAUGCUAUAGCCCAAAGGAUGAAGGACUGUGUUCUUCUUCUGUGCCUCGCUAUUACUAUGACACUAAGACUAAAUCAUGUAAGGAGUUCAAAUAUACUGGUUGUGGUGGAAAUGCCAAUAACUUUGUUACUGAAAAAGAUUGCUACAAUGUCUGCAGAAAAGGGACUCAGAAACCAGGAAUCAACAAGCCAACGAAUGUAUUCCGCAGAAAAAUAAUGAGAAAACUGAUUAAAAACCCCCGGGUGUAUAGCCUGAAGUCUUAAAGCUGGUGUGCACUUGGAUGUUUGAAACUCCUUUUGAUUCCACUUUCUCUUUUUUGUAAGAUAGUUUCCACAGUUUUAUACACCAAUGUAGUUCUGUCUUUCAGAACUGCUUUUUAUUUCCAGCUUACUUUUUAUAAAGAACUGCAUUUAAUAGAAGAAGAAUGAACCUAAGUUUGGUUCUUCUUCUCUGUUGUUUUUGCAGUAAUACUUUGGCAAAGCCAAGUAUUUGAUUUCCAUGUUUUUAUGGGGGAAUGUUACUACUGCCUUGGAAGAAUAUUUCAGCCGUUAUAAAUCAAUUAAGAUUUGAAAAAUCAGUUUUCUCUCACAUAACUAAGGAGAGUACAAAGCUAAAUUUCUACAUGGAUUUUUUUUGGCAUCCUCUGCUUGUUAAAGAAAAGGAACAUUUUGGAAGUUUCUUCAGAGAUUUAUUGCCCUGCCAUACUUAGACACUAUCAUUUAAGUAGACUGUUCAUAGUUAAGACUUCCCUUCAUAAGAGUAACAGAAGUAUAAACUUAAACCUAGCUCAUCCCAUAAGAGAAAACUGGGAAUAGAGAUACUUUGAUAAACACUCUGACAAUGGCAAUGAAUAAGCUACUUGAGUAUUAAAAUUAAAAUCUUGCCAUUACUUUUUUCAUGAUAUUUGAAAUUUCUGCUAAUUUACAUCCAGAUCCUUGUAUGGCAUAAAUCAGCAUAUUUUUAUUGAUUUUAACGGAGCUACAUGGAUUACAUCUACUGAGGAUCUUGAUAUUUAGUUUAUGUGGUGGCUGUUAAAGCAGAAAAGGAGAAGCUUCUGUAAAUCUCAUGUAAUCCCUCUUUUGAGGCACUAUUGUAUUGCUUAUGGUAGAUUAUACCUAUGGUGAUGUAUUACACCUUCUUUUAUGUUUUGUACUUAAGCCAUGUCUGAAUUUCAAGUAAUUUCACCUACAGUAUUUUCUAAAUAUAAAUUCAUAAGUAAUGUUAAUAAAAUGUUUU